UCUCUUUGUCGCAAAAUCAGCUGUUCGUAAACAUAAACAAAAACAAGUAAUUUACCGGUGAUUUUCGGCGUGCGUUUUGGUUGUGAUUACACCACAAUGCCACCCCCGGAGGAUCCGCAAUCCGGCCCUUCGCCCUACAAGCCCUGGUCCAAGUACUGUACGGAAGAGUACGAUCCGGUUGCGGUGGGUUCCAUCGACGGAACGGACGAGUUCCCCCACGAUCGUGCUCUGGUCCGGGCCAUGAACUCCACCUACAAGCCGAGUCCAAAGGCCGAGGGCGACCCGCGGCACACAGUGUUUGUGGGCCGGUUGGAGCAUUGCGUCGAUGAGGAGCGGGUUCGCGAGCUGUUUGGCCGGUGCGGGACGGUCGUCCGGUGUCGGGUUGUGCGGGAUGUGGUUACGGGGGUUUCUCGGGGGUACGCGUUUGUGGAGUUUAGCCGUCGGAAGUACGUGGAACGGGCGCUGAAAGAGUUGCACGGGAAGACGGUGGAGGGGAAGGAGAUUCUGGUGGACGAGGAGGUCGGGCGGACGUUGAAGGGGUGGAAGCCGAGAAGGUUGGGCGGGGGUUUCGGGGGGAGAAAGAAGAGCCAACAGUUGAGGUUCGGGUGCCGGGACAGGCCGUGGAUGUUUCCGAUUAAGGGGAACGUAGUAAAGUAUGGUAGUAAGAAUGAGUUUCACAGAGAGGCUCGCCAGCAGCGAGAAUUACUGAAUGCCUUUGAAUUUCCUUAAACUUAAAUUUAUUAAUUGGAUAAGCCUAGAUACAAAAUAGUUUUUUAUUAUUUUAAACGAAGAACAAUAGAUGCGUAAUAAUAACGAA